AUGUCCGAAGGCAUCCUCGUCGAGUACCGCGGCAAGAUCGCCAUCAUCACGCUCAACGUGCCCAAGAAGCUCAAUGCAUUGACGGCGGAUUUGUACUACCACCUCGCGCGCGCCAUGCAUGAAGUGGCUACGCACGACGAGGUUAUCAUCACCGUGCUGACGGGCGUGGGCCGUUUCUUCUCCGCCGGCGCCGACGUAUCCUUCGGCUCCGCCCCCCCCUCACCGACCGACAUCGACACGCGGCACACCUACCUACGCAGCUUCGUCGCGCAGAACCUGCACAUCACACGGGCCUUCUACACGCACCCGAAGCUGCUGAUCACCGCGCUCAACGGCCCCGCGGUGGGGCUCUCAGCCGCCCUCGUCGCGUUCUCGGACUUCGUGUACGCGGUGCCGGGCGCAUACAUCUUCACGCCGUUCAGUUCGCUCGGCCUCGUCGCGGAAGGGGGCGCGAGCUACGCGUUCGUGCGGCGGCUGGGCGUGGGGCGCGCCAACGAGGCGCUGUUGAUGGGGAAGCGGAUCGGGGUUCCGGAGCUGCAGGCGGCGGGGUUCGUGAACGGGGUGUUUGACGCGGGCGAGGGGUUCCUGGGGGCCGUGUUGGGCGAGGUGGAGAACCGGUUGGGCGAUCACUUGAAUGGGGAGAGUCUGCUGGGGAUCAAGAAGCUGAUGCGCAGGGGGGAUGUGGAGGCGCUGGAGCGGCAGGGGGUCGAGGAGGUGUUUGGCGGGCUGGAUCGGUUUAUCAAGGGGGUCCCGCAGGAGGAGUUCCGGAGGUUGGCGAGCGGGGAGAAGAGACAUAAACUGUGA